UUUAGUUUGUCUCUGGUGCGAAAACAAAUUUGAUAAUUCAUCGCAUUUGUGAACUCAUAUUUUUUAUAAUUCGAUAUCUUGGAAAGCUAAAGUGAAACAAAGUAAAAUCUAAAGAAAAGUUAAAAAAAAAAACUAAAAUGAACAUAACAUCAGCUGCAGGGAUAAUAUCCCUGCUGGACGAGCCGAUGCACGAAGUGAAAGAGUUCGCACUAAAGAGGUUGGACAACAUCGUUGAUGAAUUUUGGCCCGAGAUAUCGGAAUCUAUUGAGAAAAUAGAAAUUUUGCACGAAGACAAGGUAUUUUCUCAGCACCAGCUCGCUGCAUUAGUGGCUAGCAAGGUUUAUUACCAUUUAGGAGCAUUUGAAGACUCCCUGACUUAUGCGUUGGGAGCUGGCAAUUUGUUCGACGUUAAUGCAAGAAAUGAGUAUGUGGACACGACGAUUGCUAAGGCUAUCGACUUCUACACGCAGAAGAGGAAGGCUCUAUUCAUUGAUGGUGCGGCGGAGCCCAUAGAUCCGAGAUUGGAAGCCAUUGUCAACCGGAUGUUCCAGCGAUGUUUAGAAGAUGGUCAGUACAGGCAAGCGCUGGGUCUGGCUUUGGAGACGCGCCGGAUGGACAUCUUCGAGGAGUCUAUCAUGAAAUCUGAUGAUGUAGCAGGUAUGCUUCAGUAUGCCUUUACGGUGGCAAUGAGUCUUCUCCAGAACAGAGGAUUCCGCAGCACAGUCCUUCGCUCUCUAGUGGGAUUAUACAGAAGUUUAACAACCCCAGACUAUGUCAACAUGUGCCAGUGUCUCAUUUUCCUAGAAGAUCCCCUUUCAGUAGCCGAAAUCCUUGAUAAACUUACCCAUGGUCCUCAAGAGUCUGUCCUCAUGGCAUAUCAAAUAGCUUUUGACUUGUAUGAUUCAGCCACACAGCAAUUCCUAGGGAGGGUCCUCCAAGCUCUUAGAAUAACUGCUCCAAUACCCAGUGCCCUUGGUGGAAAACCACAACCACAAGGUGGACCCUUCCCAGAGUCCUCCAUGGAAGUGGACCAACCACCUACAGAAGAAGCCAAGAAACCUGAACGAGAUAUAGACAGCCUCAAUGAUGAAGAAAAAGAACAUCAAAGGAGAGUAGAGAAACUAAUUUCCAUAUUAGGUGGUGAUGUAUCUAUAGGUUUACAAUUACAAUUUUUAAUUCGGUCAAAUCAUGCAGAUAUGCUUAUCUUGAAAAACACUAAAGAUGCCAUCAGGGUCUCAAUUUGCCACACGGCUACAGUUAUAGCUAAUGCAUUCAUGCAUGCAGGGACGACAAGUGAUCAGUUUUUGAGGGAUAAUUUAGAGUGGUUGGCAAGAGCUACAAACUGGGCUAAACUUACUGUGACAGCGUCGUUAGGAGUAAUUCACAGAGGUCAUGAAAAUGAAUCCUUAGCUCUGAUGCAGUCUUAUUUGCCUAAAGAAGCCGGGCCAUCGUCAGGGUAUUCUGAAGGAGGAGGUCUGUAUGCUUUGGGUUUAAUCCAUGCAAAUCACGGGGCCAAUAUCAUUGACUAUCUUUUAACUCAAUUAAAAGAUGCUCAGAAUGAAAUGGUUCGCCACGGAGGGUGUCUUGGUCUGGGCCUGGCUGCCAUGGGUUCCCACAGACAGGAUGUUUAUGAACAACUCAAGUUUAACCUGUAUCAAGAUGAUGCAGUGACUGGUGAAGCUGCAGGUAUAGCUAUGGGAAUGGUUAUGUUGGGCUCCCGACAUGCUGCAGCCAUUGAAGAUAUGGUUGCAUAUGCCCAAGAAACUCAGCAUGAGAAAAUUCUCAGGGGAUUAGCUGUGGGCAUUUCCUUCACGAUGUAUGGACGGCUUGAGGAAGCUGAUGCGCUAGUUCAACAACUGUUGAGAGACAAGGAUCCCUUGCUGCGCCGGGCUGGGUGCUACACCAUCGCCACUGCGUAUUGUGGAACUGGAAACAAUGAUUCCAUUCGUACUUUGCUCCAUGUCGCCGUUUCUGACGUCAAUGAUGACGUCCGUCGUGCCGCUGUUACGGCUCUCGGUUUCUUAUUGUUCAGAACACCUGAACAAUGCCCGUCUGUUGUUUCACUCCUAGCCGAAUCCUAUAAUCCUCACGUCCGUUAUGGCGCUGCUAUGGCUUUAGGUAUCGCCUGCGCAGGCACCGGGAACCGGGAAGCCAUUGGUCUUUUAGAACCUAUGGUCAAAUUCGAUCCCGUUAACUUCGUCAGACAAGGAGCACUGAUCGCGUCAGCCAUGAUCUUAAUUCAGCAAACUGAAGCUCUUUGCCCCAAAGUCACAUAUUUCCGACAACUCUACGCCCAAGUUAUUUCCAACAAACAUGAAGAUGUCAUGGCCAAAUUCGGCGCCAUACUCGCCCAAGGGAUUAUUGACGCAGGCGGUCGUAAUGUUACUGUUUCUCUUCAAAACAGAACUGGUCACAUGAAUAUGUUAGCUGUAGUUGGCAUGUUGGUAUUCACUCAGUACUGGUACUGGUUCCCACUCGCUCACUGCCUCUCGCUGGCUUUCACGCCGACCUGUUUGAUUGCCCUCAAUUCUGACUUGAAAAUGCCUCAGCUGGAACUUAAGUCGAACUCGAAACCAUCGCUCUAUGCUUACCCAGCACCGCUGGAAGAAAAGAAACGCGAAGAGAGGGAGAGAGUAACUACCGCUGUACUGAGUAUUGCCGCAGCGAGGGCACGCAGGCGAGCGCAUACAACUGAGGGAUCUACCAGCAGUAGUGUGACAUCCUCUACAACUUCAAAAAUGGAUGUGGACGAAGAGGAAAAGAAACCAUCCAAAUCACCCAAUCCCAGUAUCACAGUUCACGCCAAAUCUGACAAGGACGCUGGAACAUCUAAAGAUGCAAAGAAGGAAGAGAAAGAGGGAGAGGAAAAAGAGAGCAAGGAAAAGAAGGAGCCCGAACCGAACUUUGAAAUACUCAGCAAUCCCGCCAGGGUUAUGCGCCAGCAGCUGAAGACCUUGUCUGUUGUUGAAGGUUCUGGAUACACCCCAUUGAAGGAUGUUACUAUUGGAGGCAUUGUUAUGUUGAACCACUCUGGUGAUGACGAACAAGUCCUUGUGGAACCAGUAGCAGCUUUUGGUCCAAAAACAGAGGAAGAAAAGGAACCUGAGCCUCCUGAAGCUUUUGAGUACUUAGAUGAAUAGAAAUAAAAAUAAAGCCUCGGGCUAAUUACUUUAAUGCUUAAAAUAUUACUUAUGUAGAACAGAAUUAUUACUAUUAUUGUGAAUCACUAAAAUGUAUUGAACUGCAGUCAGCAUUACUGUAAUUAACUAUGGAAGUACCUACACGAAUCACUAACUGCAAAUGAAAAAUCAUUUUUCUCUUGAAAAUAAAUGAUUUUAAUAAUAAAA